GCCUGCGGGCACUCUGUCUCCCACGGUACUGUGCCACACAGUUCCAGACUCUGCAAACGACACCCUCAGUCCCCCCACCUCCACCAGCACGACGGACAGACAGCAGCAGCCAUGGCCUUCAACGGAACCUGGAAAGUUGACCGCAACGAGAACUACGACAAGUUCAUGGAGCAGAUGGGCGUCAACAUCAUGAAGAGGAAACUAGCAGAGCACGACAACCUGAAGAUCACCAUCGAGCAGACUGGAGACAAGUUCCACAUCAAAGAGUCCAGCACCUUCCGCACCAAAGACAUCGACUUCACCCUGGGCGUCCAGUUUGACUAUGCACUGGCCGACGGUACUGAAGUGACAGGUGCUUGGGGGAUGGAGGGAGAGAUGCUAAAAGGCCAGUUCACCAGGAAAGACAACAACAAGGUGUUGACCACCACAAGGACGCUGGUGGGGGAAGAACUGGUGCAGAGCUUCAACUAUGAUGGUGUGGACGCCAAGAGGAUUUUCAAGAAGGCAUAACGGCAACUCCAGGGGAAAAUUCACGUCAUAAAUCUUGAUGUAGUUUCAUUUUUUUCUAACCCUUUCACUAGAAUACUUUAUGCCAGGUUAAGAGCCAAUCAAGUUCAAAGUUCAAAUGGUGUGUGACUCUUCAAAUACCUCUGAGAGUUCACUCCCAAUAUACACAAUGAAUCAGAGCUGUUUUGUUGCACUGGCCAAUUGCAUUUAAUUACAUAUCAGAGUGAGUUUAGAAAGCAGGGAACAUUAUCUGGAUGGUUGUACAAGUAAGCCUUAGAACAAUCCGAACAGCGCUCCAUUGUCCCCAGUACUGUACGUCAACCAUAGUACUUGAUGUAAAUUUAAUGUAACAUAACACAUUUUAGUCUUCAUCUUGUACUAAAAGUUUUAGUUUGUAUAUUUGGUCUUGCAGAAUAAAGGUGUUUUUCAAGUUGCA